AAGUACUAUGAGAAACUCUCAAGCAAGGCACGUGCAAAGCCAAGAAGCCCCUCACGGUGUUCAUCUCAGGACGAGGAUCUUGGUCAGCGACUAGAGGCAAAGCUGCAAGCUGCUGAACAGAAGAGAUUGAGCCUUUUGACAAAGGCUCAGAUGCGCUUAGCAAGGAUGGAUGAAUUGCGUCAAGCAGCGAAAAAUGGUGUUGAAAUGCGCCAUGCAAAUGAGCGUGUGAAGCUUGGGACAAAAGUGGAAUCACGUGUUCAGAAGGCAGAGGUUAAUUAGCAGGCAGAGGUUAAUAGGAUGCUUAUCCUAAAGGCUCACAGACAAAGAAGGGCAUCUCUUAGAGAAAGGUCAUCUCAGUCAUUGAUGAGGAGACUGGCUCGAGAGAGCAAAUACAAGGAGCGUGUACGUGCUGCAAUUCACCAAAAACGAGCUGCUGCUGAAACUAAAAGACUUCGGUUGCUGGAAGCUGAGAAAAAGAGGGCACACGCCCAAGUCUUGCAGGCAAGGCAUGUGGCGAAGUCUGUAUCUCACCAGCGUGAGAUUGAAAGAAGGAAAAAGAAGGAUGAGUUGGAAGAUCGAUUACAAAGGGCAAAAAGACAAAGAGCUGAAUAUCUCAGGCACAGGGGAAGAUCCCGUGGUUAUUCGUGCGAGAAUUGGAUUAGAAUGUCUAAGCAAGCAGAUUAUCUCUCCAAAAAACUAGCAAGGUGCUGGAGGCGGUUCUUGAGGCAGAAGAGAACAACCUUUACCUUGACGAAGGCAUAUGACAUGUUGGGGAUCAGUGAGAAAUCUGUCAAGUCAAUGCCAUUUGAGCAGCUUGCUCUUCUAAUUGAGUCCGCUUCUACUCUUCAGACUGUGAAAAAUUUACUGGACCGGUUUGAGAGCCGCCUCAGAGUAUUUACAGUUGUUGUUCCUGCCAGUCAUUAUUCUAGCAUGGAUAACAUUGAUCACCUUCUUAAACGGGUUGCCUCCCCCAAGAAAAGGGCUACACCCAGGAGUUCUGCAAGAAGCCCAGCAAAAAAAGCAGAUUCAGUCAGUGAGUCAAGCAAUAGCCUAUCUAGGUUAUCAAGGUAUCAAGUGAGAGUUGUUCUUUGUGCUUUUAUGAUAUUGGGUCAUCCAGAUGCAGUUUUCAGUACAAUGGGAGAACGUGAGAUUGCUUUGGCCAAGUCAGCUCAAGAAUUUGUCCAAAUGUUUGAGCUGUUGAUAAAGAUUAUACUGGAGGGGCCAAUUAAAAGUUCUGAAUCUGUCUCAGCUGUUAUGAAGCAAUGUACCUUCAGAUCACAGCUUGCUGCUUUUGAUAAAGCAUGGUGCUCAUAUUUGAACUGUUUCGUGGUCUGGAAGGUUAAGGAUGCUCGAUCAUUGGAGGAAGAUUUGGUUAGAGCAGCUUGCCAGCUUGAGGCUUCUAUGAUUCAAACUUGCAAGUUAACUCCAAAAGGUGUUGGUAGUCAGCUUAGUCACGAUAUGAAAGCUAUUCAGCAUCAGGUCGCUGAAGAUCAAAAGCUUUUGAGAGAAAAGGUGCUGCACCUGAGUGGAGAUGCUGGGAUGGAGCGCAUGGAAACUGCACUCUCUGAAACAAGGUCUAGAUACUUAAUAGUAAAGGAUAGUGGAAUCCUGGUGGGGUCUCCCAUGACUCAAGACAUGCCUCCCAGCCUAACUCCACUUUCUACAGUUGCAAGUGCAAGUGAAAGAAAUGAGAGCAAUAAGACAAGCCGAGUGGUUCGUUCCCUUUUUAAGGAGACUAACACUUCCCCUGUAGAGUCAAGUUUCUCUUCACCUAGAACCGGUUCAAAUUCUCUGCUCAGUAUUUCCUCUGAAAAGUCUGUAGCAUCAAACGAGGUUCUUGUAAAUGAAUUUCUUCAUGAGCAUCACCGUAGUUUUGUUGAUGGAUUUGAUGUCUCUGAUCACAUUCAAAACAGCAUUGAGGGGAAAAUCAAACAGACAAUGGAGAAAGCCUUUUGGGACAGUGUUAUGGAAUCUAUUAAGCAGGAUGAGCCCAACUAUGAGCAGAUUAUUCAACUCAUGGAAGAGGUUAGGGAUGAAAUUUGUGAAAUGGCACCAAUAAGCUGGAAGGAUGAUAUUAUUGCAGCUAUUGAUUUAGAUAUCCUUUCUCAGGUGCUUAAAUCAGGUAAACUGGAUAUCGAUUACCUUGGAAAAAUUCUUGAGUUUUCACUAGUCAGUUUGCAGAAGCUUUCUGCUCCAGCCAAUGAGGAUAUAAUAAAGGCUAAACACAAGGCAUUACUCUGCGAAUUGAGUGAAAUAUGCCAAUCUAAGGAUGAAUCAAAUAAUGCAUGUGUUGUAGCCUUGGUUAAGGGUUUGCAAUUUGUCCUUGAACAGAUUCAGAUUCUUAAGAAAGAGAUAAGUAAAGCACGCAUAAGAUUAAUGGAGCCUUUGGUUAAGGGGCCUGCUGGUUUAGACUACCUUAGGAAUGCCUUUGCAAACAAAUAUGGAUCUCCAUCUGAUGCCAGUACCUCUCUGUCUUCAACACUCAGAUGGCUUUCAUCUAUUUGGAAUAUAAAAGACCAGGAAUGGGAAGAGCAUGUGAAUUCCUCCUCAGCAUUGGCUGAUAAUCCAUCCCAAGAAUGGCUUCCUUCAACUACUCUCAGAACUGGGGGAAGUAUUAUGCUCAAAACUUCUAGCAGUCCAAUGGUCUUUUCUCCUGAUGGUUCAAAUACUAAAGGUGAUCAGCAACCAGAAUGCAAAGGAGAACUAGUUGAUCUCGUUGUGAGGCUUGGUUUGCUAAAAUUAGUAAGUGGAAUUUCUGGUCUGACACAAGAUGUUCUACCAGAAACUUUAUCUCUUAACUUCUCCAGACUGAGGUCUGUUCAGGCUCAAAUUCAGAAGAUUAUUGUUAUUUCUACCAGCGUUCUCAUAUGCCGUCAGAUUAUUCUGAGUGAGAAGGCUGUAGCAUGUUCUGCAGAUAUGGAAAAUGCAGUGUCCAUGUGUGCGGAACAACUGUUGGAGCUCUUAGACCGUGUUGAAGAUGCUAAUAUUGAAGAUAUUGUAGGAGUGAUUUGCAAUUUGCCAUCAGUUGACGGUGAAGAUGCAGGAAAGGUUCAGUCAAGAAAGGCAGUUGCUACCAGAAUGGUAGGGAAGAGCUUACAAGCUGGAGAUGCUGUGUUUGAGAGGGUGUUCAAUGCUGUCUAUUCGGCUUUGCGUGGAGUCGUGCUUGGGGGAACUGGGCCCCGCGGGAGGAAAUUAGCUGAAAUGGCUCUCCUUAAAGUUGGGGCUGGUGCUCUGACUGAUAGGGUAGUAGAAGCUGCUCGUGUUUUGAUUGUGGCAGCCACUAUAUCAGUCGGUGUUCACGGGCCAUGGUAUAAAUGUUUGACUGAUAACGUAUGAACAUAAUUGUAUAACAAAAAUGUAAAAGUACACGAAAUAAUAUUACACACAUAUCUGUACAUAGGAGUGUGUAAAGUUGUAAGCUGUUUAUCUUAGGUUCUUGUAGAUAUUAAUGAUAUGAAUGUCUUUAGCAGAAUGCUUUUGAUGUAAUGAACAAAUAUGUAAAUAGAUAUUUAAAUUGUUAAUUGCUAAUAUUUGGUUUUAGAAGUUUC